AUGCCUCUGGAAGCCUUCUGCAGCACUGGACCAGCAGGGUCUGGUCCGGUACAUGGGUCUGGUCCGGGCGACAAAACAAAGUCUCAUGGUUACAAUUCUCAAUCAUUCCUUUAUAAGGAGCAUAAAAGUUACAAUAUCAAGCCAAAAGGUAACGAUUAUGGUUUCAAACCACAUGUUCAAAAGUUAAAACCUGAGGAUAAGGGUUACAGAUCUAAGACAGAAGGUAAUGGCUAUGGCUCCAAGCCAUAUGUUGAGAAGUCCAAGUCUGAGGGUGAUAGUUAUGGUUCGAAACCAUAUAUUGAGAAGUCAAAGCCUGAGAAAAAGGGUUAUUCCAAGCAAGAAGGAAAUGGUUAUGGCUUCAACUCAUACGUUAAAAAGUCGAAGCCUAAGGGUAAUGGUUAUGGUUCGAAACCAGAAGAUUAUGUUUAUGGCUCCAAAGCAUACUUUGAGAAGUCAAAGCCCAGGGAUAAAAGUUACUAUUCAAAGCCAAAAGGUAGCAACUAUGAUUUUAAACCUGAAGGUUAUAGUUAUGGUUGUAAGUUAUGGUUGUAA